ACGUCACUCAGCGCUGCAGUCUGGAAAGGAGUGAGGUGUGGAUAGAGGGACAAUAGAGACAUUAAUCGCAUUUUUACAUACAGUUUGUGUGCACUACCAGUCUCUUGUUGGGAUUCAAAACCGUUCGUCUUAUACUUAGCAUCGUGUGUCGGGACCAGCCCUAUGCGACUACACACCCGUCUAAUACUCCAAUGCUGUGACUCUUCCUUUUCGCGGACAGCCAUGAAACCCUCCGCUCCGAGAGACGGCUCGCUGUUGCGGGACAGGAGAGAACAAGAGGUGCGCUGCAGGGAGCGGUUGGACGUGGAGCUGGAGCGCUUGAGGACUCGCGAGCGGCUGGAAGCGACGCUGGCGGGGCUCGGCGAGCUGGAGUACCUGCGACAGAGGCAGGAGGCGCUGGUGAGGAGCGCGAUCUGCCGGGAGCAGCACCAGCAGGAACGGCGCCUGAGCUCGGAGGAGGAGGAAAAGCUCCUGGGGGAGAACAUCCUGCUGCUGCGGAAACAGCUGAACUGCUUGAGACGGAGAGAUGCUGGUCUGAUCAGUCAGCUUCAGGAACUGGACAGGCAGAUCAGUGACCUUCGGCUGGACACUGAGAAAGCGUCACGUGACCAUGCGGAGUCUGACAGUCGCCCCAGCUCUGGUUUUUACGAGCUGAGUGAUGGGACUUCAGGGUCCCUCUCAAACUCCUCCAAUUCAGUCUUCAGUGAGUGUUUGUCCAGCUGCCGUUCCAGCACCUGCUUCUGCAGUCCUUUUGAAUCAUCUCCAAGUGUUUCAGAGGGACGUCUCAAGUCUGCAGAUGACUUGGUGGAAUGUAUGGAAUGUGAAGGCCAGUGCGAGGAUCAGAGCUCUGGGUCAGCCAGUAGGUCCUUUUCUGCACCCUACUCACCCUCUGCUGAGAGUGCCUGUGAUGGUCACUCCAAGUACCACUGUGACCUCGUGACCAGGAAUGGAAGCGAUGUGUACCACUACCCCAGCCCCCUUCAUGCUGUGGCUGUCCAGAGUCCCAUGUUCUUCCAGUCUCUCAUCAGCCAAUUUAAAGAGGAGAGCACCACAGUAAAAGCAAGUGAGACUCUGAGUGAUGUGCUAAAGCCUGAGCAGCCUUUAACGUCCCAGAAUGCCUCUUGGCCGACUUCCCACACUUCCUUCAACAAAAGAUUGGACAAUUACAUCUUUGGCCUGUUGCAGAGGAGGUCCCAGCCCUUGAGGACUAACAAACCACGGACUAGCAUAAACACAGAUCACUCCAAGAGUAUUUUGAGACAAGGUAGCCUUUGUGUGCGGCAAACGAGUUGCCAAGCACAAGCAAAAGCUCCUGACCACAAAACAAAAUGGCAAGGAAGUAUGCAUGCUAGCACUAUUAACAGUGUAGACACAGGAGCAGGAUCUCUUCUCAGACAGUGGGCAGUGGAAGCCAAAGCUGAACUUCCAGAGACUGGAAAGUCCCAAUUCCUCAGCCAGCUUCAAAAUGAACAUUUGAUUAAUAAUGACAACGAUGCUCACACAAAUAGCCUCUCCAAAAAGAUGACUAAUAAAGGCCUUCCAUUGAGCACAUCAAAGAAUUACCAAGACCUGGAUAGUCCUCAUGCAGUUUCUUCCCCUAAAGACAAUAAGUAUCCUCAUUUCCCAUCUGUUGGAGACAGCAAAGAUCCACAGGUAGUGGAAGUGUGCUCUCCAAAGAAAUGUCCAAAAUCUCCCCCAGCUGCCUUGUCUGUGCAGGAAGAACGACCUAUUCUUGAGCUUGUGACUUUGGGUUCUUCCUCUCAGAGUCAAGAUGAAUGCAGGCACAAGGUCAAUGCCCAGUUCAUACUUAAUCACAGGCAGAUAGUGAAAGUCCGCAAGGGUGGCAAGAAUGUGAAGGUCUUCAGAGUGAAAAGCAGCACACUGAAGUCCAGGAUGCAUACUGAACCAGUGCUUGAGACAGGACGGGAAAAGCAGCGGACUGGGAUAAAGAAAUGCCGCUUCCCUGAUGACUUGACCCACCCACACAUAGCGUCUAAGAAAAGCUCCUGUAGAGCAAAGAGGAUUCCAGCCUCCAUUCCAGAGGGUCGUGUUGUAGACAAACAUCCACCAGCAACCAUGGGCAAGAUGGUUUUACCACGGCAUCAAGCACAUGGACGUGAGACAGUGUUUACAAAGCCCAAGUACAAGAGAGGUGACUACCGUAGGUUGAAAUCUAUAAAUGAGGUUCCUUGCGAGGAGGCUUUGAGGAGGGCCCACAGGCAUCAAAAACGGGAAAUUCUAGGCCACAUUCCAACCGUGUACCUGCCAUCUAACAUGCAGUACCCCAGUCCUUAUGCCUAUGUUGGUAGUGACUCUGAAUAUUCUGCAGAGUGUGCAUCCUUGUUCCACUCCACAAUCCUGGAUACCAGUGAUGAUGAACAAAGCAACUAUACCACCAACUGCUUUGGAGACAGCGAGUCCAGUGUCAGCGAAGUGGAUUUUGUAGGGGAGAGUACAAACACGAGUGAUUCGGAGGGAAGUGGGGGUACUAACUGGCGUCAGUUUGGGCACAUCACUGGACCAUGUCUCACCCAUGAAUUGACCUCUGCCCAGGAUAAAACUUUUGUCAAAAUUAAAGCAUCCCACAAUUUAAAGAAGAAGAUCCUCCGUUUCCGAUCAGGUUCUUUAAAGCUCAUGACAACUGUAUGAAUGAAUUUGAAGCAGUGCAGCCAGUUAAAUUGGUCCGUCUCCUCCCCACAAGUGCCUAGGCUGGUUUCAGCUCCUUGUUAAAAUUUUUCCCACAUAAUUUUUUUUGAUACAGUGGUCAUAAACUGUUUGCCAUACUCCUUAAACCUGCACUUUUUAAAAUGACACAUAGGGUUGGGCACUGUAUAAAAAGAAUUUUGUGUAGCCCUCUUAUGGUGUUGUCAUUUUAAGUAUUUAUUCAUGGUGUAUUUGCAGCACUGGUACCUAUAUUAUGUAAAUAUAGCAAUGGUACCUAUACAGCAAUGGUACCUGUAUUAUGUAAAUAUAUCAUUGAUCUAGUUUAUUAAAAUAUUUAAACUUAAUAUAUUUGGUUAGUCCAUGGAAUGAAAAGGAGGUAUGAUUUGAUUGAAGAAUCUGUAAGUGAAGGAGAGGAAAAAUCCAUAAGACAGAUUCAGUCUAUUUAAUGGUGCUUUUUUUGUGCACAUAAUGUAUACAUGGUCAACUGCUACACUGUUCCCAUUGAUGCCAAAUUGAUGUAAAUUGACAUUUUUGUACUAUAGGCUAUAGGUCAUUGUUUUUGUUAACA